UACCUAUCCGUUGCCCGGAGUAAAAUUAACUAAAUUUUUCAGAAAAUAUGGACCAGGACGCAAAGCUGCUAGAGCUAGGACUGAUUUUCGACCGAGUUGAGCAUCCUCCUGAAAUAAUGGAAGAGAGAAAAGCAUGUUGGGAAAGACUGUUCACAAAGUAUGAUCGAGAAUUUGAUGGCUUAGAGUUUGAUCUGAAUGAACUGAGCAAGAUAACGAAUGAUGACGUGUUGAGAUGUAGUCUAUUAACAGGAGAUCAUUUACACAGGAGCAGUAAAUACCGCGAGUAUAUUGCUACACAGAGUGAAAUUGCUCUUGAGAUUGCAACACAGCUCGGAGCUCUGGAACCAGCAGAGGGAGAGGAGGAUAUAGAAGACGAGGUAGAGAGAUCCACGAGUGGCGACAGUGAGAAUGACAUGGAUCGCAGUAAGAACCCAACUUUGAAAUAUAAAGUUUCUACUCCUAAAACCAAGAAUGAGGCUCAGAACUUGUCAGGGUUAAAGAGCACAGGGUUAAGUCCGACAUUAAGAAGAACUGUAUUGAGUCCAAUUAACGGAGCAAGGAAGAAAGAUACUGGUUUAUCUAGCUCUCUAGCCAGUCCUAAACGGUUUAAGUUGGUGGAGAGAACACCUUUCAGUUCUACACCCACCCUGGAGAACGAACAAGGCGUUGAAAGCUUUAAGAAAGGAUCUCAUCUACGUCUAUGUAGUACGGAAUCAAGCUUUAAUACAACUAAAGAUUUAAAAGAAGAGACCUACUUUCCUGUCUCCAGUCCGGAUGCUAAAUCUGAUACUUCAUUUGAUUUCUCCUCCCUUCCCAGCUCCGAUGAUAUUAUUUACCCAACCAAGAGUCAGGAUAAGAAUUUUACUCCGACCAUAGUUCCUUCCUCUCAACCUAAAGAGAAAUCUAUCAACCAGUUCUCCACUGAACAAUCUGAACAAUCUCAAGGUAAACCAAAUCAGGAAUCCCUCUCCAGUGAAAUGUCUUCUCCUAGUACCCCUUCUACCCAUCAAUAUCAACCAGAUACUCUAACUGAGAAUUCUUCCUCCCAAUCUGACAAAUCCAGAUCAGAGGGUUUACAGUCCUGUGUUCUCUGCCAAGGUAAAACUUGUUUCCCAGAAGGAUUUAAACUUCCUGAAAAUCUGAACUGCGGAGAUCUCACACUAGCUUGUGAUAUUUGUGUUACAGUAGACAUGCACAAGGAUUGUAGUUGUGAGAACUGUGCGAAAAGAUUGGACUGGAUGACCUAUAGAUGGGCGCAUCUAGACCAGUUUCUUAAUCAAUCUUAGAACAGUGUUUUAUUAUUUUAUUAUUAAAUUUUAGUGUCGCCGAGAUCGAAUUAAAAAUUCAAUAUAGUAGUGGUUAAAAAGGUAAUGGCUAGUUAAACUACUAUUAUUGUUUGUAAUUAUUAAUCUCUACGGCCCACUGGCCAUUAUUUUUCUCCCCUCAGAACAUUGGUGUAAGAUUUAGUAUUUUCUAAACUUUAAAAUUAUCCAGGCAAAGAUCAACCCAGAAUUAAGCUUGGGAAAUUUCUUGCUCCGAACCAUGUUAAGACUUUUUUAUAAAUGUCCUAAGAUAAAUUGACUUCAACAGCUCCCACUACUAAUAUUAUGUACCUGUACUUUUAACAGAUUUACAUGAUAACCAUUAUAAACUUUUAUUUAACUUUAUGAUAUUUCAGA